AUGCCCAACGACUCGGGCACUCCGGACGGGCGCAACUGGGACGCCAUCCUCGCCGCGUUCAGCCGCAGCGGUGCCGGGCGACCAGCCGAACCAUCCGACUGGGGUGUACCGGGUCCUGGCCCCUCGUCACAAACUGAGGCCUCCCCUGCACCCAGUACCGACCUCCUCGCACACUUCACACAUCAACUACUACUACAACAACAGCAGCAGCUGCAGGCAUACUCUGGAUAUCCGCCAGAGUAUGUUGCGCUCCUCCAAGCGAGCAACCAGGCCCUACAGACCUCGAGAGCGCAGUCGCAGAACAACUCUCCUUCCUCGUUACCUCGCUCCGCGCGAGGGAGCAUCUCCGGCACACCAGCAGGGACCCCUUCCGCAACACCGAUCACAGGAACACCCAUCGCUCCAGCCCCAGCCUCCUUCAGUAGCCUUUCCAAUCUAGCUCCCACCCCGACGGGACGACCACCACCGAAUACGAGCCCGAUCGCCGACCCCAGCGGGGGACUGAGCACAGCUGCGCUGACACCGGCAGGCCUAGAUGAUACGGAAGAUAAGCGCGUACGCAACACACUGGCAUCCGCCCGCUUCCGAGCCAAGAAGAAGGCACAUGUCGAGAACGUCGAGCGAAACAUCCGUGCGCUCGAGGCACAACACUCCGAACUCGAGGUGCAAGUCGCCGACCUGCGCAAGGAGAACGGACUGCUGAAAGAGAUGGUGCAGUUGAAGUAUGGGGGAGUGAAGAAUGGAUAG